CUUCCUCUACCUCCAUGUGAUUCUAGCGGCCAUAUUUUCGGCCAAUCGAGAUUUUUGCGUGCAAACAGUCCUCCUACUUCACGCCGAGCUUCUCUCCUCAUGCUGCUCAGUAAUGCCGGUGCCAUCUCUCAUGCCACAUCGCACCCACUGGCCUCCAGCCCCCUCUUUUCCUCUAUCAACACUUCCAGUAUUCCAACAACCAGUCUCUCUCCGUCAACCUCCUCUACUACCUGCUCUUUUUCUACAGCAGCUUCAGCAUCCACCUUCUCCUCUGGGGGACCCAGAGCUCCGGGAGCAGCAGUCCAUCGGGCUAGUUUAGCUUCGGCUGCUGUAGACCAGGCCACACGUGCUGCUGAGGCUUCUCUCGCGGCUGCUUUGUUGGCGCGUGCUAAGACUCCACCUCGAUAUGCCUCACGAACCGUCAUUAACGAUACAUAUAUGCGUCGAUUGCUGGCCCGCGAAAAUGUCGAAAAAUACAAAAGGACUGCUAAUGAAAUAUAUCGUGCUCAAUUGGCUAAGAUAGCUGCCGCAAGCCGGGGUGAUGAGACUCUCUGUAGCAUUCAAUUGCAUAGCGAGGUGCAAGCUGACUCUGGGAGAGACCAGAGUCUUGGACAUCCUCCAGAACUCUUAAGAGAUGGUUGCGGGCAUGAGAUUGGUAAACAGGACCGUGAACAAAAGUACGAAGAGAGAGUAGUAUUAUGCCACGAUGACACUAUACGGCGCCAAACUGAAAGUACAGACCCUCCUUCAACACUACCGCUGUCAGUUUUGCCCUCGUCGCCAUCAUCAUCGACUUCCGCUUCCUCAUCCUCUGCCUCUUCUGAUUCAUCAUUGCAGAUGGUUGGAAUUGAGACUCCUUCUACUACUUCCUCCAUGAUUUUGGGCCUAGAUAUGCCAACAGGCAAACUUCCAAAACGUCAGGAGAUUAAAGGUAAGCCCAGAUGA